AUGACUUCGAAUCGGUCCACGAGCUUUACACCCUUCUUCAUGGUGUAUGACGCCAAGGCCAUCCUACCCACCAACCUCAUCUACGGAGCACCUCGAGUCAGGGUGUAUGAUGAGGAAAGGUUGGAGGAGGCCCGCCAAGAUGUCCUCGACCAGCUGGAUAAGGCGUGCGAUGUCACGCUCCUCCGAUCAGCAAAGUACCAGCAAGCCCUCCGGUGCUACCACAACAAGAGCGUGAGAGGCUGGGCCUUUCAGGUUGGUGACCUGGUCCUCCGGAUGGUCCAGACAACCAAAGGCAGGCACAAGCUCACACCACCCUGGGAAGGACCCUACACCAUAGUAGAGGUCUUACACCCGGGGGCUUACCGCCUCAAAGAUGAGGACGGCGACGUCCUCACCAACUCCUAG